ACUCACCUCUUGGCGCAGGCGCGCGGCUCUCUGGGCAGAAGCCGCGGCGGACCAUCGGAAAUCGGCUACUUGAGUCUGCCUCCUCGCCGCCGCGCGCACUUUGUCAAAGUGUGGGCCUGGCUUCCCGCGCGCGGGUGUAAGCGAAUGAUGCUGUCGGGGCUCCUUCCGCUUUCACUGUGGCCGUCCCGGGCGAGGCCACCUUCUUUUUGCUCACUCCGUCUACUUCUUCCGUCUCUGGGUUGUUUCUCCCUUGUUCUUGCGCCUGCAUGUGGUCGGGACGCUAUCGUGGAAGCCUCGCACAGGAGUGCGGUUCUCGCGAAGACCCCACCGGUGACUUGGCAACCGUGCCACCAUGAACGGGGUCGUAAUCCCGCAAACGCCCAUUGCGGUGGACUUUUGGAGCCUGCGCCGCGCUGGUACCGCGCGGCUCUUCUUCUUAUCCCACAUGCACUCUGACCACACGGUGGGCUUGUCUAGCACGUGGGCACGGCCCCUCUACUGCUCCCCAAUCACUGCCCACCUCCUGCAUCGUCGCCUGCAGGUGUCUAAGCAGUGGAUCAGAGCCCUGGAGAUUGGUGAGAGCCAUGUAUUGCCUCUAGAUGAAAGUGGGCAGGAAACCAUGACUGUAACCCUUAUAGAUGCCAAUCACUGCCCUGGUUCUGUCAUGUUUCUCUUCGAAGGGUACUUCGGAACAAUUCUCUACACAGGUGAUUUUCGAUAUACACCCUCCAUGCUGAAGGAGCCUUCCCUGAUACUGGGGAAACAGAUUCAUACUUUAUAUCUCGACAACACCAAUUGCAAUCCAGCGCUGGUUCUUCCUUCCCGACAAGAAGCUACUAGGCAGAUUGUCCAGCUCAUUCGGCAGUUCCCACAACACAACGUAAAGAUUGGACUCUAUAGCCUAGGAAAAGAAUCACUGCUGGAGCAACUAGCCCUUGAGUUUCGGACCUGGGUGGUAUUGAGCCCUCAACGUCUGGAGUUGGUACAGCUGCUGGGACUCGCAGAUGUGUUCACAGUUGAGGAAAAAGUUGGGCGCAUCCAUGCUGUAGACCAUAUGGAGAUCUGCCAUUCUGCCAUGCUUCAGUGGAACCAGACUCACCCUACCAUUGCCAUUCUUCCCACAAGCCGGAGGGUACGAAGCCCUCACCCAGGCGUCCACAUCAUCCCUUACUCUGACCAUUCAUCUUACUCUGAGCUUCGGGCUUUUGUUGCAGCUCUGAAACCUUGCCGGGUGGUGCCCAUUGUUCGUCAACAACCUUGUGGCGAGUUCUUUCAGGACAGCUCAAGUCCCAGGCUCCCUAUACUGAUGAUUCCACACUCUGUGCAGCAAUACAUGUGUUCCUCCACUAGGAAAUCAAAUGUGCUUUGGCAGUUAGAAAGGAGACUAAAGAGGCCAAGAAUCCAGGGUGUUAUGUUUGAAUCCCCUGAGGAAAAAGCUGACCAGGCUAAAGUUGACAGAGACACAAAGAAGCACAGGAGCGAAAACCUCUCACCCUGGCCUGCGGACCUUGAGAAGCUCUGCCCCCAUCCUCUUCCGGCCAGGAAGCAGUUGUUCCCAGACUUCUGCAGGAAAGAAUGUGAUGAUAAAGUCCUUUUUUGUGACUCUAAAAAGAUGGCGACUGUGUUGACUGCCCCACUGAAAUUUUCAAUGCAAUUACAGCCUCUAGAAACCAGGGAGGAAAUUGGUGUAGGGUCCCACUUGAUACCUAGGAGAGGCAAUGGCUCACCAGCUAGAGGAAACCAAAGUGAUUCUCUCUUGUCUCACAUUAGCAAAAACACUCAUCUAGCUACUGAGUCCAGAGGCCUGGCGCUAAAAUACCUUCUUACUCCAGUGAAUUUCUUCCAAGCAGGGUUCUCUUCUAGGAACUUUGACCAGCAAGUGAAAAAAUACCAGGAGAGUACAGUAUAACCAUCCUGUUGGAUCAGCAUUGCAGUUUGGAAAAAAGUGGAUGAUGACUAGAGGCAAAAGUUUGUUUGGUAUCUUCCUUUACAGAAUCCUGUGACUCACCCUGGAGUAGCUCUUGUGAAGUUUGUUUGUGGAGUCCUGGUGCCUAUGAAACCCUUAGCUUUAUAGCUGAUUAUUUAUGUUAGUUUUAUUAUAUUUAACAAACACUUUUCAUUAUAAAUUAUUUAGUGUUCAUAAGCACAUUAAAAGUUCUUAGAAGUCCCAUACCAACCCAAUUUGUUCAACUUGUUUCAACUCAGUUUUUCUUAAACUUAUCAACAUGGAGGGUUUUUUGUUUUGUUUUGUUUCUGUUUUUUGGUGGAAAAAGAAGAAUCUGAAUAAAAAAAAAAAAAGAACCAAA